UUUAACUUCUCUUUAUAUCAUAUUCUCUAAUUCUUACAGUUUGAUCUGCAUAUUAUACAUGGAUUCUCCUUCCUUUGUUAGCUUUUUCUUUGCGAUAUUUCUGAGUGUUAUUUGGACAUCUCAAGCAUACACAUUCUAUGCUGGCGGCAAACAAGGCUGGAUUUUAAAACCUUCUGAAUCAUAUAGUCAUUGGGCUGAAAGAAACCGCUUCCAAGUUAAUGACACUAUUGUUUUCAAGUACAAAAAAGGUUCAGAUUCAGUUCUCGUAGUCCACAAAGAUGAUUACUUCAAAUGCAAAAAGGACAAGCCAAUCCAUAAGCUAAACAAUGGUAAAUCAAAAUUGAAGUUUACAAGGUCAGGUGCAUUCUACUUCAUCAGUGGAAAAGAUGAUAACUGUGAGAAGGGCCAGAAGCUUUUAGUUGUUGUGUUAUCUCCCAAUCACAAGCGCCAUAAAUCUCCAUCCCCAGCCACCCAAACGCCGUCGAGUUCUCCCGUUACCACCCCAACUCAGCCACCGGAGGAUAUUCCUUCCGUUGUGGCACCGUCGCCGCAAUCCAUUUCACCAGCUCCGGCUCCAACCAAAUCGGCUGCAGUGGUUGUUGGUUCAAGUGGUUUUGUUUGGGUGUUUAGUUUGAUCAUGGCUAUUGUUGUUCUUUAAUUUAAUUUAAGUCGUUGUGU